UGACAUUUCCGGUUUGGUUUGGUUUAUUUCAUUUGUCAUUUGCAUUUCUGUUUCUGUUUCUCUUUUAUCUUGUUAUUCUACGAGAGGAGAUUCGUUUGUUUCUAAACCCGUUUGUACUUCGAGUAUUCGAGUCUAAUAGAUAGAAAAGUUUGGAAACUCCGUUUGUAUUUAACUAUUUAUACAUAAAAUAUCGUGGAAGUAUCCGUAGUUCUAAUAAAAGAUUAAUUUUUUCGCCAUAACAUUUCUGUCAAUAUGGUUGUCGAAUACGUGCAGGUAGCCGAAAAUGAAGAUGAAGAUCCAGUUGAACUACCUAGUGAGGAUAAUGGGACCUUGUUGUUAAGUACUGUCACAGCACAAUUCCCGGGAGCAUCUGGUUUAAAAUACAAAGUAUCCGCUGAAAAUAAGAAUUUUAGAGGGGUUCGACUUUCUGAUGGUAUCCUCCAUCCACCACCAGACGGUGAAGGAUGGGGUGAAACAGUUUUCUGUUGCGUAUAUCCCAAAGAGAAUAAGCGUAAGUAUAGUGAAUCUGUGGAAAGUCCAGCUUCUAAAGUCAAACGUGUAGAGUCUAAGUUGAAAUGUACUGAUCUGAUUGUGCUUGGUUUGCCUUGGAAGGCAACUGAGGAGGACUUGAAAGAAUAUUUUGAGAAGUAUGGUGAAAUAGUAGUAGCUCAAGUUAAAAGAGAUAGAGGAGGAAAAUCGAAGGGAUACGGUUUCAUAAGAUUUGAAAAGUAUGAGUCUCAGGUGAAAGUUACUGGGCAAAGACAUAUGAUUGAAGGCAGGUGGUGUGAUGUGAAAAUACCCAGUUCUAAAGACGGAAACUCACAGCUACUUCCCUGCAAGGUGUUUGUUGGCAGAUUAACUGAGGAAAUAUCAGUGGAAAAUCUAAGAGAUUAUUUCAGUGAAUACGGUUCAGUUACAGAUGUAUUUAUACCAAAACCUUUCAGAGCAUUUGGUUUUAUUACCUUUGCAGAUCCAGAAGUUGCUCAAGCUCUUUGCGGAGAAGACCAUAUAAUUAAAGGAGUUUCUGUCCAUGUCUCCACUGCUGCUCCUAAAAAUGAAUCAAGAAGGCCAUUUGGUAAUGAUAGAUCUGGAGGUGGUAACUUUGGAAAUGUAUGGGAAGGAAAUGGAUAUUCCAGUAGAAACGGAUUUGGUGGAGGUAACCAGGGAUCAGGUGGUUGGAAUAACCAAGGAGGAAGUAGGGGUGGUGGUAACAAUAUGAAUGAUGUGAACAAUUUGGCACCUUUCAUGAAUCCAGCUUUCAUUGCUGCAGCUCUGAAUCAAGCUGCUAAUUGGGGCUUAAUGGGAGGUGGCGGCGGUAAUAACCAAGAUGGACCACAUAACCAAAAAAAUGGAGGCGGCCGUUACAAUAAUUCCGAUAAUUACUGGGGGCGCUCACAAAAUCGUGAUGGGCCCAGAUAUUAAGAGAAUGAUUUAUUUUUUAAUCACAAAGACUUGAAUUUAAUAAUUUGCAUUAACUGUGAAGUUGGUAAUUUAUAGUUAUUUAUCAUAGGUAAUUUUUUAUGACUUACACAUGUAUGAACACUGUAUACUAUUUGAUCCAACAAUAAAAUCACAGUGUGAA